UUCGGUCCCUUGUUGGUCGCCCUUCUUGUCCAGGAUAGUGUCGCUGCUAUCAUGUCAGCGCCGCCUGCCACAAUCACCACAGCACCGUUAAUUAGGAGGGCCGUCACUACUAUCGGAUACAUCUCCACAAACGAAUAUGAUGGCACUACUUUUUGGGAUACAAUAACGGCAAAUGAUCAAGGCAAUAUCAUCGCAACAUCCGACAACCUAUUUCAGAUCUGCGACGUGUCGAAGCCAUGCACUUUCUUUACCUGCUCGAGUGAUUGGGUCGUAUUUGCGACUACUUCUUUGUUUUGCGGUGGAUCAUCCAGCACAUGUAGUUAUUGGGAGCUGGCGACAGAUAUCAACGACAAAAAUCCUCUGACGAAUUAUUGGUGCGAUGCCAAGACGAGUGUUGGUGGUAUCAUCUACAUGAAAACACCCGAAGCUGUAUCGGCAUCCACGACAAGAACCGGAAGCUCAGUAUCAUCGGCCACAGGCACAUCCAAGUCCUCUAUAGCCCCAGUCACCGUAUCCUUUACCUCGGCUUCUGUCAUCGCAUCUGAGCGCGUGACAUCCAUCUCCAGCUUGGGGCCCGGCUUGGACCAAACCAAUGGCAAAAAUGACUCAAAGGGUAAAUCAACACCAGUUGGUGCCAUAGCAGGCGGUGUCGUAGGCGGUGUCGUCGUUCUCGGCGCCAUCAUAUUCGGAGUGUGGUUCUGGCUUCGACGCAAGAAGCACAACCAAACCAACAACGCCAAUAUCACUCAACCCACACAACAAACAUCUCUGCCUCCUUCCCAAAUGCAGCAACAAAGCCCCCAGCAGCCCCCCGCAGGCGUCCAGUACUACCAUGAGCAGAAGCCUGUUCCUCAGCCGCAGGUCCAGCAAGUGCCUCCUCCUGCCCCUGCUCCUGCUCUUGCUCCUGCUCAGCAGCCAUACGGCCACUACGACCCCAAUGCUCACUCAACAUAUGUGCAGCAGUCGCAAGGCUCAUACAGCAUGUCCCCAGAUCAGACGACAACAUCCGUGACCACGGCUCAGCAUCACCAGACGCACUCGUAUUACGCGGAAAGCGGAUCUAUAAGUCCUGUACCACAGUAUUCGCCCAGCCCGUCUCCCGCCGUGCCACCCGUGCCACCCAACAUGAACGAGUUGUCUAGUGAGAGGAUGUAAAUUAUCGGAUAAUUUGAGGUCAGGAGGUUUCUCUUGAUUUUUUGCCUCUACUUUGACAACAUCUAUCCAAGCUGCGACAUGUCUUCUUAGAUGGGUUGAGAUUUUGUAAUUGGCUUUUGGCCUUCUCUUAGAUCAACGCUAGAUUGCAGCAUUGAAGUUCCUUCUUUUUGAUAAGGGAAUGCGGAACUCGGGCAUUGCAAUCAUAUGGCACGCUCUUUAGCAAUGUUUUUUUUGUGGUACGUAUGUAGUGGGCGUGCUGCAUCCGACGGUUUUAGUCGUGUAUUGUGAUAGGUUGUUUGAAUGAUACCC